UCGAUCUUUCAAAUCUAAUACAUAGCCAUUUUUAGGAGAACACAUUGUUGACCAUGGGUACGGAACGAUCUCAAUAGCAACGGAUACUGGAACUGAAAUACUGAUUGCACUGAAUGGCAGAUCAGAUAUACAUAUCUCUAACACUGAUGAGGAAUAUAGACCAUUCAUUCUUAAUUCCCCUUCGGAAUGGAAAUGCACUUCCAGUCCUGAAUGGUACGAUUAUGUUCUCGCCGGAUGGAAAAGUGUUGUAGAUCGACUAAAGAUUGAUGGUGCUGGUUUUGAUCUUUUAAUGGAAGAUCGACUAAAGAUUGAUGCUGCUGGUUUUGAUCUUUUAAUGGAAGGUUGGAUUCCUUCUUCACUUGGAUUGUCAAGCAGCUCGUCCAUCGUAUGCGCUGCAGUUCUUGCUACCUGGGCGAUUUAUACGGGAAGAAGUUUCGAAGGACUCUCAAGGCAUGGAUAA